AUGGCAACAUUAGCAACAUCAACACUUGUGUACUCUACUCCUGUAAGAAUCAAAACUAGUUCAAGGUCAAGUUCAAGAACAUGCAAGAAAACAUUUCCUUUCCCUAUCACUAGAGCUGACAGUUCUUCUCUUCUCCUCCAUGCAGCUAAGCACACUGUUUUCAGUACCAAGAAAUCAGUUUAUGUUCUUGAUGUGAUUUGGGAUUGCAUUGUUUAUAGGUUUCUUGAAUUGGAUUUGAUUUGGGAUUGCAUUUUUAACGUUGAUACAUACAUACGAAAUGGCAUGGUUGUUGGUUUAGGGUCUGGAAAGGCUUCUGGUAUGGCUAUACAAUAUUUGAGUCGGCAACUCCGAAAAGGUGCUUUAAAAGAUUUAGUAGGAGUACCCAUGUCUGUAGAAAGUGCAAGUGAAGCAGCAAAGGCUGGCAUCCCACUGGACGUAUACCGAGAUGGUUCACAAAUUGAUUUUGCAUUUGAUGAUGCUGAUAUCAUAGAAGAAGAAACACUCAUUGCAGUCAUUGGUCGUGGGAAAUCACAAGCUGAGGAGUCCAUCAUUCAAGAGAAGUCAAUACUCAAUGCAGCCAGUAAGCUUGUAUUCAUGAUUAUGGAAAACCAGUACAAAGGAGGUCUAGAAGGUUCUAUACCGGUUUUGGUUGAAGCCCUGAACUGGAUGGAAACUGCUGAAGAGAUUGACGACCUGUUUGUAGGUGAUGCAGAGGUAUGGAGGAGAUCAUUGAUAGGACAAGCAGGCCCGAUGGGAGGCGAUUUCCCUGUAAUUACUAGAGAAGGUCACAACAUUCUUGAUGUAAUCUUCACAUCUCCAAUACAAAGCCUUGCUGACAUAGCCAAAAGUCUUGAUAAAGUUGAUGGCGUUGUCGAUCACGGAGUCAUUUCCAAGUUCCCGUUAGUUCUCUUGUCUCUUUUCAAACUCUUACUUGUUUUCUCAUAUCUGUUUACUUACACAGAUGGUUGUAACAACGUAGACUACAGAACAUUUUUGCAACUUCUUCUGGUUUAUGCCUCAUAG